GUUGCGCGACCGUGCAGCAGAGACCGAGCAUGACGUGACGUGGAAUGCUCGAACGAAGAGAAGAAGUUUCGUAGCGUUGUAUAGCAGGGCAGGAUUUGUUAGCUAAAAUGUUAGAUUUUGUAGUGAUAUUCACGAAGGGCGGCGUAGUACUUUGGAACUCGCAAACCUCUGGAAUAAACUUCUCAUCAUGCAUAAACAGCCUCAUACGUGGCGUAAUACUGGAGGAGCGAAACACAGAGUCCAAAUACUUUGAGGAGGAUCACCUGGCAGUGCAGUUUAAGCUGGACAAUGAGCUGGAUCUGGUAUAUGCGGCUGUCUUCCAGAAGGUCAUCAAACUCAAUUACUUGGACGCCUUUCUGGCCGACAUGCAGUUCGCCUUUAAGGAGAAGUUCGGCAGUAUACCGGCAUUGGAGCGCCUGGGCAGUGAAUACGAUUUCGAAGGCGAAUUCCGCAGCGUGCUCACUGCAGCCGAAGAGGCGUCUUCGAAACAGGUGAAGGCCCCCAAGGCCAUGCGCUCUUACAAUGAGUCGCAAAAAUCGAAGAAAACCGUCGCAUCCAUGAUACAGGAUGACAAAAAGCCAGUCGAGAAACGUGUCAACAUUCAGGAGAGUCCGACGCAGCCCAAAUCGCAGCCCUCAUCACCGCCACUCACAAAAGAGGACAUUAUUCAGGAAAACCGUCGAAAGUUGCGAGAAAAGCUUACGCCCACCAAGAAGGCAGCCGAUACCAAGUCAAGCACUGCUGUCAAGCAGGGUGCCUCAGAGAAGGCCGGAAAGAAGCCCAGAGUAUGGGAUCUUGGCGGCAACUCUAAAGAUGCCGUCCUACUCGAUCGUUCAAAGGACUCCCCCGAGGAUGUUGUGUACCAGAGCAUCAACAACGAGCUGGUGGGUACCAUGCAGGGUGUCAUCCCAGACCUGGAUGUGGAGAGCGAGGAUGAUUUGGACAGCGCGGAGGACUCUAGCGAGGAUGAGGAUUUGAGCAGCCAUUCAGCGGCACUGAAAAAGAACAGGCGCGGAGGUGGUUUGCUGUCCUAUUUUAAAGGAAUUGUUGGCGGCAAGACCAUGUCGCUGGCCGAUCUGCAACCGGCGCUGGAGAAGAUGCGCGAUCAUUUGAUAUCGAAGAAUGUGGCCUCGGAGAUAGCGGUCAAGCUGUGCGACUCAGUGGCAACCAGCCUCGAGGGCAAACAGAUGGGGACCUUCGACAGCAUUGCCAGCCUUGUAAGGGAUGCACUGACGCAGUCGCUGGUUCGCAUUCUGUCGCCCAAGCGUCGCAUCGACAUCAUACGCGAUGCCCUAGAGUCCAAUCGUGGUGGCAAGCCGUACACAAUCAUCUUCUGCGGGGUGAACGGGGUGGGCAAGUCGACGAAUCUAGCCAAGAUCUGCUUCUGGCUAAUUGAGAACGACUUCAACGUGCUGAUUGCGGCCUGCGACACCUUCCGCGCUGGAGCCGUCGAGCAACUGCGCACCCACACACGCCAUCUGAAUGCUCUGCAUCCGGCGGCGAACCACAACAACCGCACCAUGGUCCAGCUGUACGAGAAGGGAUACGGGAAGGACGCCGCCGGCAUUGCUUUGGAGGCCAUCAAAUUUGCGCACGACACAAAGGUGGACGUAGUUCUGGUGGACACCGCCGGCCGCAUGCAGGACAACGAGCCACUCAUGCGUUCCCUCUCCAAGCUGAUCAAGGUGAACAAUCCCGAUCUGGUGCUCUUCGUGGGCGAGGCUCUCGUCGGCAACGAAGCUGUCGAUCAGCUGGUUAAGUUCAACCAGUCCCUCGCCGACUAUUCCUCCAACGAAAAUCCGCACAUUAUUGACGGCAUUGUUCUCACCAAAUUCGACACCAUCGACGACAAAGUGGGCGCCGCCAUCUCCAUGACCUACAUCACCGGCCAGCCCAUCGUAUUUGUCGGCACCGGCCAGACUUAUGCGGACCUUAAAGCCAUCAAUGUGAACGCCGUUGUCAACUCGUUAAUGAAGUAAUGAAUCAAUGGCAGAAUGAAGCCGCAUUCAUAUCCAUGUGAAGCAAUCUAGAUAGAUCUACUUCCUAGAUGCCAACCUACAUACUAUUGCUCUGCUUAGUUAUUCUUUAUAUGUAUUCAAUUGUUUUGACCAAUUGAAAUAAUUGAAAUGCGUCCAUGUUUGUUGUGUAAA